UGUGAAUAAGGCAACACCCUUGGUGUAGUAGUGAACCAUGUUGUGUGAAAAGUGGGUUAAAAACUCAAAAGUGUGUUGAAAAUCUAAUUCUGUGAGAUUCUCAGAGCUGUUGGUGGUAAACAGAUUGGUCAAUAUUGCUUAAAGUCCUUUCACCGGAAAGAGGAACCGGCCGGGUUACCUGGUAGUUGAUAAUAGUGCAUUACAGUUUGUAAGUAUUGAUGAAAACCUAGUAAAUCUUCUACUAGUAGCUGCAAUAAUGUGAUACAAUAGACACUGCGUAUUUGGCAAGCCUUGAUCAAUACGACGUUAGCGCUGAGACAGAACAUAGAAUCAACAGUGUAAAGUGCAAUAAAGACACAAAAGUGACACUAAAGGUGCAAACAAGGAAACUUUCCAUCGACUAAUUCAGGACAGAGGGAGACAUCGCCAACUUUCAUGAUGCACUCCAUGGGCUUACAUUCGGCACUAGCCAUCAAGCGUCAGCGCAAACGAAGAGAAGAGCAGAAGAAAGCGAGAGAGAGACGAUACAGCACACAGUCCACGGAGAGUGGGCUCGGAGAGAGCCGCUCAUCUUGUGCGAGUCCUCGCAACAGUAUGGGUAGUCUGGACUACCGCAAGGGGAAAAAAGGGCAGAAGAAACCUAGGACAACUCCUCCAGCUCACGACAAAGUAGUCUCGACCGUAGGGAUGCUGCACAUUGGCGUCGUCUUCUUAGUCCUUGGAGCUUUUCUCAUCGGCUCCGGUCUCGUUCCCGACGACAUAGAACACUGGAAGAACCCUCCUGGUGGGUCGUACUUCAACGAAAUCGUACUCGCUGGAAUCUUCGCACUGGGUUUGGGCAUUUUCUUGAUCAUUUUGAACGCAGUCCUAGCAAAAAAAGAGGAGGACGAUCUCACUGCCUACGUAGAACGGCAAUUGAACCGUACACGAUCUGGACAUAGACUGGUCAGAGAUGUGGAAACUGGAAAUUUAACCACCAAACACGAACAGAGAGCAAAAGAAGCCGAAGAGAAGAUGUCAACAUUGAACACAACACUGGAGGACAUCACUCCGAUCCAUUUCAGUCCGACGCUGCGAUCGCCACCUCCACUGUCAGCCUCGACCCCGAGAUCAGACCUGGAGAGGAUACUAGAGGAAGAGAUCUCUGAGAAGGGAGAAGAUGACAACCGGAUCAUGGAGAGAUUCAACAAAGAAACACUUUCCAACAAUAGUUCAUCGGGAGCAGACUACGAUACCAGAGAACUUCUACAAACAAGAUACAACAAUUAUUCCAAUCAUAGAUAAAUGUUCAUCUUCAUCUCUAAGGAAUUGUACUCAUUUCCAGAUCUCAUGAAGAGACUAUAACUUUCUACAUCUCGUGAAGUUGAAAGCUCUAGAUCUCAGGAUGUGAAAUCCAACACAUCUAUAAAUAUACAAAUUAUCUCUGAGAUCUGAUCUAGUGUAACGCACAGACUAUCACUUCGGUGGAUCUUUUUGAAUUUCUUGUUUGCGAAAUCUUUAUAGCUUGUAGACCCACAUAGAAUAUACUGUAGUAGUACUUUUGUUUCAUUACAUGCCUAGCUUAAUUUAACCGCGCAUAGUGUGCUUGUCAACUUGUCAGAGGUAGAGGCCGGCAUGUAUAGGGUUAAAGAAAGCAUUUGAUAAGUUCAUGUCUUUAAAUAGUUUUUAUGAUAAUUAUUUAUAUAUCUGUACAAAUUAUAUAUAUUAUGUAUUUUACUUCUGGAGAAAUAUUUUUACUCAAUUUCUUACAAGUAUUGUUUUGUUAUUACCAGUACUUAAUAUACGAUGACAAUGUUUUUUAAAUUUACCAACAAUUCCAUCACAGAGCAGUAUGAUAUCUUACUUUUCUGUGGUUCUCUGGCAGGAGAAAAAAACAAUACGCUUCUAAGGUACAAAUAAAUGAACAGAUCAUAUGUUAUGAAGUUGUUGAUUCUUAUGAAAAUAUGUUAUUCAAGUAACAAAUUGUUCUAUCGUAAAUUAAGAUUUAUCGUUUCUUGUAACUUGAAGUCAUGUCAUACAAUGGCAAAAAUUCAAGCUAAGUAAACUUACUCAGUGUUCUUUAAAGUUUUUUUUUAAUUAUCUUACACCACACUGAUUUUAUACACACACGUUUGGAGUUUUAUAGUUUCUUUAUCAGAAAACUCAUCCUUAAAGAAAGGGCCAUAACUUGAGUUAACAAGGGCAAUGGUAUUUUGAUUUUAUUUUAAUAUUUUAUUAGAGGUGGCGAUUGAAUACUUCCAUUGUUUUAAAAUCUUGUCUUGAUACAAAGUCCUUUUUAUAAUUUGAUAUGAACUAGCCUAUGUUAGUAAAUCAUUUAGAAAUAAUAUCUGUGAUACGAAGUGUAAGAAUUUUAUAUCUUCAAGAUGGAUUGCAUACACAUUGUUGACUUGCUGUUUUAUUUGUGUGUCUAUAUAUAUGUAAUUAUCUCAGUGGCAUUUUUCAUAUUAUUUUCCCACAAAAAGAUCAAAACCAGGUUCUGUUACUAUCUUGUUUUACUUUGUACAAUAGUUUAUUUACCAUGUUCUGGGAUGAUAUUCAGGACAUUUUAAAUACACUCUAAGUGAAUCCUAGACCGUCACACCAGCACAACACGCUGAACAUUGUAAAUAGUCCAGACUUCAAGUUACAAUUACGUAGUAUAGUAGGCAAUGUAGUAUGCAGAAACACUAGCCAAUAUUGAUGAUAAAUUGAUUUACAAAGUGGUCAAGUAGCUCCAUAGACCUAUACUCGAGUACGAUUGCCUGGAAUUAUUAAUAUUGGUGAUUGUAGUUGUAUGUGAUUGUGAUUUUUCUUUUCGAUUUUUACUGAUAGAUGAAUGAAAACCAUU